AUGUGUUUUUUUGUCUGUCAUUUAGUGUCCAAAUAUAUCUGCGAAGACUGCAAACCAAAGCCACCGGCGGUUAAGUCGUCCGCAACGACAACGCCGUCGACGUCGUCCGCGAAGAAGUCCUCAUCUCAUAGCGUGUCGUCGACGACAGUAUCGGUCAAUACGAAGGCCGUAGAGAAGCGUUUGGUUGAACCGGUCGUAGAGUUGCUGCCGAUUAAGACAUUGAAGCCAUUGAAGCCAUUGAAAGGCCAAAGGGUUCAGAAAAGUGCGGCACAACUGAAGGCCGAGAAGUUGAGGCGAAACGCGGAAAAGGCUCGCAAACAGAGGGAGAGGAGGGCUGCGAUGCGGGCGCGCAUUGAGGCCACUAAACAGAAGACAGUUGUUAUUGAAAAAGCGAAAGCCAUUAAAAAUUCGGAAAACAUCCAAAAGUCAGUGAAACGUAAGCUAUCGUUGAGCUCCUCAUCGGCCGAAUCGGACGAAGAGAACGCAAAUAAUUCGCAGCUCAAGUGUUUACAGGACGGCCUCUCGCAGUACUUCACGCCAUCCAACCGACGAAAGUCGAGGAAUAGUUUCACUGUCCAGGAGGAGGACGACGACUCCAGCUCUGAGAGCGAAGUGCCGAUGAGACCGACACCGAGACCCACACCCAGGCCGACGGCCAUUAAAGAGGAGUCGAUUCAAUCGACGCCAAAGAGGACUGUUAAGAGGCAGUCAAAAAUUACAGAGUUUGCAGUUAGGAAACCAAUGCCAUCGAGCGCUCCAUCCAAAGGGCACCCCAAAGGGGGCCAUAGAGUGAGUGCCAGAAAACGACAAUCGCUUCCGCAGAAGAAGACGGCCGCAGCGGCGGUGACGAAAAGUCCCCGACCCGUGAGAACGUCAAUACCUGUUCACCCGAAAGUGGCUCCGAUGCCAAUCUCACCCCCGAUGCGGACAAUUCCCGCCAAUAUUCCGACCGAAGCGGACAAAGAUAUGUUUAAGAAGGCACAAGAAGAGGCGGAACAGCAGUUUGUGACCACAAUUUUGACGCCUUUGAAGAGACAACCAAACAUUUUAUGCGAAACUAAAGACAAUAAAGACAAACCGCCGACAGAAGCGUCGACAUCGACUGAAUCUCCCGGCGCUCAGCCGGCAAUGCGCUGUCCGGCGGCCAUAGAGUUUGGCAAAUACGAGAUCGAGACCUGGUAUUCGUCGCCAUAUCCUCAGGAAUACGUUAGACUUCAGAAGUUAUUUAUUUGCGAAUUCUGUCUCAAAUACAUGAAAAGCAGUUCCGUUCUCGAGAGGCAUAAGAGAAAAUGUGAUUUAUUCCAACCGCCGGCGACUGAGAUCUAUAGAGCGAAACACAAACUGCCAUUCGAUGACGAAAUUGUCGAGUUGUCGGUCUUCGAAGUCGAUGGUCUCGUCUCCAAAAUCUAUUGUCAAAACUUGUGUUUAUUAGCGAAGCUAUUCUUAGAUCACAAGACACUGUAUUACGACGUCGAGCCCUUUCUCUUCUAUGUUCUCACUCUUAAUGACAGCAAAGGCUGUCAUUUUGUGGGCUAUUUCUCUAAAGAGAAACACUGCGCCCAACGCUAUAACGUGUCGUGUAUUAUGACUUUACCUCAGUAUCAACGGUGCGGUUACGGAAGGUUUCUCAUAGAGUUCUCGUAUCUGUUGUCCCGCAAAGAGGGUUUGGCCGGAACUCCGGAGAAGCCUCUCUCCGAUUUGGGACGCAUUUCAUAUCAAUCCUUUUGGAAGUCAACUAUUCUCGAGUACAUCAGCGGUCGCCCCAAGACGUCCAUUGAGGAGAUCUCAAGCGCCACCGGAAUGAAUGUCCACGACAUCAGCGCUACUCUAAAUCACUGCAAAGUCGUUAACAAACAGAACGGAAGUUGGUGCUUACAAAUUGGUCCGCAACUGACGAGUUGUCUAAAGCGUCCCCGAAUUGCCAUCGAUGAGGAGUGCUUGCGAUGGACGCCACUCAUCGCACCGCCGGGUCUUAUAAUCCCCGAAGAGUUUUAUGCAAAUAUGCCUAUCGUUGAGAGGGAAGAGCCCGUCGUUAACGAGAAUUUGCCGCUCAUUCUGGACUCGUUGAAGAAGAAGCGACGCCGGCGUUGGUAUAAAGCAUAUCACGGAAGGAAACGCAAGAGACGUAACGUUAAGAGUAAAGACACGGACAAAGCGUCGGCCGACGCCGACGACGACAACUCUCAGCGACACGACUCGGAUGACGACGACUCGCAGUCAGCGCACGCCUCUCAGGACGUGUCUCAAGACGAGGACGACUCGGCCACUGAAGAGGAGACCGAAGAGGAGAUCAUGCGAUCCAUUCAGAAAGAUAAGAGUCCCGUCGAUAUGCAUGAUAUGAACGGACACUGCGAUGAGAGCGUCUAUUUAGAGCCGACGAGCGUUAAGACAGACACUAAUAACGAUAAUAAUGAGGAUAAUAGAGAAGACGAGACAAUGCAUUCAGACAAUGAGAAUGAGGUGAUCAAAGGGGACACGAUUUGUGACUCAAGUAAAUUGGAUAAAGAGCUGUCAAUCAGUGAUACAAACAAUGAGUUUAAUGGCAAUAAUAGUGAAACUAAUAAUAAUGACGAACGCAUUGAUAGUGAGCCCAAAUCGGUUCCCGAAGACAAGCCACAGAAUAGUGAAGAGAAAUCUCAAAAUGAAAAUUUAGACAAUUCUAGUGUUGAGGCAAAUAGUGAGCCAAUUGUCGACAUUAAUAGCAAGAAAAUUGAUUCAAAGUUAGAAACGGAUCAAUUGGAUGCUGAAGACAAGCCCUCGCCAGCGGUCGAUACGCAACGUAUGACAGCCAUACCUAAGAAGCACAGGUGGCAGAGGGCUGUCGUGAACGCCACUGAGUCCGACGACGACAAUGAUUUGGUUCACAACAACACUAAUAAUAUCAAUAAUAAUAUUCAUGACAGCAAUAAAGAUAAACCACAAGAAUGUGUGGCAAAACCAGUGAACGAACAGACAAAUCAACAGCAAAAUGAGCGGCAAGUGUCGGCCCAAAGCGCGGAUCAGUCAUACUAUACGCCAAUCCCCACAAUGACGGCCAGUAAUGACAUCGACAGGCGGUCGGCCGUCGCGCCCGAGUCGGCGCCGCAGCCAAUGAUUAACGAGUCCUUACAGCUGUCGGUAUCGAUUCCGACGACCGCUGUCUCAUCGAUGGUCACGCAUUUAGCGCAACCCAUACCGCAGUCUCACCGCAACUCAGCGCCCAAUACACCCCAACCACACACUCCGGUCCAUCACUCGGUGUCGUCGCCGAUGACUCCGCAACAAAUCUACUCUCCGGUUGGCCCGCAUUCACAACAAUCGUCUCCAUUAUCUCACACACACUCACAGCCGACCACACCGUUAGCACCGCAACCAUCGCCACAACAAUACCAUAACGCCGUGCAUAACGUGCCGUCACCUCAACCGCAAUCACACGCCCCUCAGCCGCCGCCGCCCGUCAUGUCGUCCACCAAAUCGUCGCGAAUGCAUCAGAGAAUGGAUCAGUCAAUGCAUCAAUCGCUGGCCACCGGCGCAGACAUCUCGUCCCAAAUGCCAACAGCGGUUCCGCCCAUUCAUUUGCCACAAACCAGUUCUCAUAGAAGUCAUCGAAACAAAUCUCAUUCGAGUUCGAUAUCGAAAUUACAGCAAAUGACGAACGGAAUCACUGAACCAUUGUCUCAAUCCGCUGUAUCUCAAGGUCUUCAGGCGAGCGGUGCGUUGACAGCACCGGGACUUCAAUACCCGCAACAAUUCAGUCAGAGUUCAGCACAAAGUGCUCGCAAUUAUCAAAAGCAAUUGGCGUCACAACAGUCGCUCCGGCAACAGGCGAGCGGUGCGUUGACAGCACCGGGACUUCAAUACCCGCAACAAUUCAGUCAGAGUUCAGCACAAAGUGCUCGCAAUUAUCAAAAGCAAUUGGCGUCACAACAGUCGCGACCCUAUUAUCCGCAAAUAGCGCCGAACCCAAUGGCAACCACUGCUCAACAGUACCAGUACUACAACGGCGGCUACGCCUACGGCUCGGCGGCGCCGCAAAUGCCGCCGUCGGCCAGCGUUCAGGCGUCGGGUGUGGCCGGCAUUCGACAACAGCCGAUGACCCAGUAUUUCCUGCCGGCGCCGCAAAACCCUCCGCAACACUACAACGCCUUCUCCCACAACAUCUCACAUAACAUCAAUUCCCUGCCAUUCAAUCCGCAGCAGAACUUUAUGCCAACACAACAGCCGUUCUUUGAUUACUAUCACAACCAUAACCAACAGAUGGGCGGCAAUAGUGCCCGACGAUAG